GAUGUAGAUUAUUGUUGAUUGUUGCUUGUUUUUGUUAAAUUGAUAAUGUUGCCAUUUGUGAUAAUCCAGAUUUUAGGUUUAGUAAUCGUUGAAAUAAUCGAUGAAACCUUUUGCUUCAUACCAUCCAGAAUACCAACUCAUGGGCUUCCCAAACCAUCUGGAUAUAAUCCGAACCGGUUUGAUUCGUCUUCCUCGACAUCUCUAGCAACUACAACAGAAAUGCCAUUAACCAAACUUCACAUUGGCGGUUUGUUCCCAAUGACUGGUACCGGUGGUUGGCUUGGAGGCCAAGGUUGUCAACCAGCAGUGGAAAUGGCAUUGGAAGAUGUCAAUAGUAGACCUGAUUUACUUCCAGGUUAUUAUCUUUCCCUAACUCCAAACGAUAGUAAAUGUGAUUCUGGUCUAGCCUCUGCUUUGCUUUAUGAACUGGUCUAUGAGCCACCAACUAAAAUAAUGAUUCUGGGUGGCUGUUCAAUUGUAUGCUCAACAAUUGCUGAAACAGCUAAAAUGUACAAUCUUGUAGUCUUUGGUUAUGGAUCCUCAUCUCCAGCGUUAUCCAAUCGAAGUCGCUUCCCAACCUUUUUCCGUACACAUCCAUCUGCAACAAUAAACAAUCCAACUCGAGUCAAGUUGUUUAAGGAAUUUAAGUGGCAAAGGAUUGCAAUGAUACUCGAGGCUGAAGAAGUUUUUGUCACCACUGCCAAAGACUUGGAGCAUCAAUGUAAAAAGGCUGGAAUUGAAGUUUUAACUCGAGUAACAUUCCUAUCUGAUCCAUCAGAUGCUGUGAAAAGCUUAGCUCGUCAAGACGCCCGAAUAAUUGUUGGCAUAUUUUACGGUGGCGAAGCGCGUAAGGUAAUGUGUGAAGCGUACAAACAAAAUCUUUACGGCAAACAGUAUGUUUGGUUUCUUAUUGGUUGGUAUGAAGAUAACUGGUAUUUACCAGUGAAAGGACUCAAUUGUACCAAAGAGGAGAUGCUCAGAGUGGUCCAGGGUCAUUUUACGACAGAAGCAAUAAUCUUGAAUCGAGACAAUAAGCAAACAGUUGCUGGUAUAACUGCCCAACAAUGGCUGGAUCGAUAUCAUGACCGUUUGAACCAAAGUUUAGGAACUUCUGUAAGACCUGAAGGUUACCAAGAAGCUCCAUUAGCCUACGAUGCAAUUUGGGCCGUGGCCUUAGCUUUAAAUGCGACUAUGCACAAACUCAAGAAACGUGGAAUCGCCAUCGAAAGCUUCAAUUAUGAAAAUAAAAUGAUUAGCCAAGAGAUUCAAAAUUCAUUGAGAGAUACCUUUUUCCUAGGAGUAUCGGGUGAAGUUAAAUUUACGGAUGAAGGUGAUCGUAUAGCUUUAACUCAAAUUGAACAAAUGGUUGAUGGUAAUUACAAUCUGCUGGGUUAUUACGAUACUCAAUAUGAUAACCUGUCUUGGGCCAGUGCACCUCAAUGGCUUGAAACAGGAUCACCGCCAAAAGAUCGAACUGUAAUUGUUGAACAGCUUAAAACAGUGUCACUUUCCUUUUUUGUAACUCUCAACGCAAUCGCCGCCAUCGGAAUUAUUUGGUCAAUUGGACUUAUCUGCUUUAAUUUUAAAUUCAGACGAUUUAGGUACAUCCAAAUGUCACAACCAUUGUCAAAUUAUAUAAUGUUGAUAGGAUGUAUUGGCUGUUUGUCAUCAGUUGUCCUUUUUGGCCUGGACAGUCAAAAGAUCAGUCAGAGGGAUUUCACUAAACUCUGUCAUUGUAGAGCUGUGUUACUUUCAAUAAGCUUUUCUCUCUUUUUCGGAGCCAUGUUCACAAAGGUUUGGUUUGCAUACAGAUUGUCGACUCAAUUGGAGGAAUCCAGUAAAUCAAAGGUUGAAAAUGCACAGGUCAUUUUGAUGAUAUCAUUAUUCUGUGUGAUUGAUAUCGCAAUUUUGACCAGUUGGUUCAUCAAAAGUCCAAUGAUCCGAAUAACUGAAAAGCUGGAACAAGAAGAUGCAGAUGAUCCCAAUGAUGAAAAUAUUAAGAUUGUCCGGCGAUUAGAACGAUGUGACGCCAAUCUAAUUUGGUACUGCAUUCUAUUCAGUUAUAAAGGUUUACUUCUACUUUUUGGUCUUUUCUUAGCCUACGAAACUCGAAGUGUUAAAUUGAAGCGACUCAAUGAUUCUAGGCUGGCUGGUAUGAGCAUAUACAAUGUUGUUAUCCUUUGUAUGAUUACUGGUCCGGUGUCACUUGUUAUUGUCAACCAUGUUGAUGCCCAUUUCGCCUUCAUUGCAUUCACUAUAAUCUUCUGCUGUUUCAUCUCCAUGGCACUGAUAUUUAUACCCAAAAUAGUGGAACUGGUAAGGAAGCGUGGUUCUAGCCUUUCCUUUGGUAGCUCCUACAUGAAUGGUACUUUCAAUGAAACAUUAACAAUUCAAGAACAAGAAGAAAGGUUAAAAAAGCUUACCUUAGAAAAUGAAGAGCUUCAGGCCAAAAUAGCCGAGAAAGAAUCACAAAUCGAUGAAGUACGUAAACAAAUGGAAGAAAUAAUGAAAAAGAGGGAAAGUGCACCAAAACACACAAAAAAAGCUGUACGAAUCAAAGAGCCAGAUGUGAAAAGGACUAUUAGUACAAUCCAUGUUGACCCAGCAACUGAUUCAGGAUAUCAAUCUGCUCGUUGCUCCAGACCAUCAGAUUUUGAUAUUUCAGAAUCAUAUUUAUGAACAAAACAAUCAGACUUAAAACAAAAAAAUGAUUGCUCAUCUUUAAAAACAAAAGGAGACUCAAGUGCUUAAUUUAAACGUAAGGUUGUGUUAUGUUGACUGUUAAUAACAAGAAGCUUGCAAUGUACAUGUGAUUGGUCUAUUGUAGGCUUUAUAUCGAGCGAGUAUGUUUGGUAAAUUUUAUCGAACUAAUGAAGAGAUCAAAAAAUCUUUAUCCAAAAUCAGAUUAAUAACUUCAAUCAAAUUAAAAUUUCAUCCUUCCCCAAUCCUGGAUCAAUCUACGCAAAAUGUAAUUGAAAAAACCUGGACGUUUGUCAACAAGCAGCUAAAACAAUUCAAAUGCAUCUUGAAACUCUGUGAUAAUUCAUUGUUAAUCUGACUCUAAUUAAUUCAUCCAUCUUCAUCUCAAAGCUGUUGAACAAUAAAUUCACGAAUUCGCUAAUUUUUUGUCGACAAUUAGCUGACUAAGCCAUGCUCAUAAAAAAAUUAUAAACUCAUAAUAAUCUCAUCUCCAGCAAUCCAGUUAUCCAAAACUAUUCAAGAUAAACCAUUAUUGUUUGAUGAUCCAUUUGACAAAUCUGUGACUUUGGGUUUAUCAUUUGUACAAUUAAGUUUUUGAAAUUAAGUUAUUAAGCCACAUUAGGAUUUAAUAAUCAAUUGCUGAAUUGACUGACUCUCAGCAAAACCCUAACCUGCCAAACUGAAUGUUUAAUUUUAUUAAUUUCUAUUUUUAUUGAGUUAGUUAACUAACAAUCUAAAUUGAAUUAGUCUUUAAGUGGUCCAUUUAAACACUUUAAAAGUAAAUGUUUAAUCAAUUGUAAAUCAGAUGUUAACUUUACAAGUUGUAUUCACAAAUUGUUUACAGAUAAAUAAAAUUAAAUAGAUAGUCUUCA